AUGGACAUUAUGACCCCACUCUCCAAACAAACUUCACUCAACAGUCUAGACCCCACUCUCCAAACAAACUUCACUCAACAGUCUAGACCCCAUACUCGGAGAAACUUCACUCAUCAGUCUAGACAUCACCUUCCAAAAAAACUUCACUUACCAGUCUCCCCCCCAAAAACUUCACUCGCCAUUCUAGACUCCUUGUUCCCCCCAAAAACUUCACUUUCUAGUCUAGACCCCAUGCCCCCAAAAACUUCACUUUCUAGUCUAGACCCCAUGUCCCCCAAAACUUCACUUGCUAGUCUAGACCCCACGCCCCCAAAAACUUCACUUGCAAGUCUAGACCCCACGCCCCCCAAAAAUUCACUUGCUAGUCUAGACCCCAUGUCCCCCAAAACUUCACUUGCUAGUCUAGACCCCAUGCCCCAAACUUCACUUGCUAGUCUAGACCCCACGCCCCCAAAAACUUCACUUGCUAGUCUAGACCCCACGCCCCCCAAAACUUCACUUGCUAGCCUAGACCCCACGCCCCCCCCCAAACUUCACUUUCUAGACCCCACGUCCCCCCAAACUUCACUUGCUAGUCUAGACCCCACGCCCCCCCAAACUUCACUUGCUAGUCUAGACCCCAUGCCCCCCAAACUUCACUUGCUAGUCUAG